AUGUUUGCAACAAUGCUGAAGAUAUUUGCAAUUAUAGCAGCCCUUUCAGGCCACAUCAGCGGUGUGACAGUGACAGUUCCCCAGAGCACGGUGAACGUCACUGUUGGUGGAAAUGCCACUCUUCUCUGCACAUACACAACAACUGGGUCUGUGGCUUCACUUUUCAUUCAGUGGAGUUUUUACAGUGCCAAAGAGAAACAACCUCAAACGCAUUCCCCGUGCCGCAAUAUUCAGAGUACGGAUGAAAAGUCAGUCAAUCAUUGUCAAAAGACGGUGUAUGUGACAGAUGCACGGGGGAGAUGUAGCUGGAAGCACCAGAUCUAUUAUUUUCAGAACGGACAGGCUUAUGAGUAUGGCGAGUUCAAGAACAGAAUAAACGGGACAACAAACCAAGGAAAUGCAUCAAUAACAAUUUUCAACAUGCAACCCUCAGACACCGGGUUUUAUACCUGCGAAGUUUUCAACCCACAAGAUUCAAAUGGACAGAACCAGAAAUCAGUGGCUGUCAGUGUACUGGUCAAACCUUCACAGCCUCACUGUAGCUUACGGGGAACGCCUGAGACAGGCCACCUUGUCUCUCUCUCCUGCUAUUCUGAAGAAGGGAUGCCUGCGCCUAUAUACCAGUGGUAUAAAGUAUCAGGGGAGACCCUCAAACCCAUGACAGAACAACUCAAUACAAAAACUGGGCUUUUGAUUAUUGGUAAUCUCACCACCUUUGAAACUGGAUACUACCGGUGCACAGCUACUAACAGCCUUGGAAACAGCAGCUGUGAAGUUGACUUGACUGCAACACAUUCAGAAGGUGGUCUCAUUGCUGGAGCAUUAAUUGGAGCAAUUCUGGGAGCAGUUGUUAUCUGCAUUAUUGUCUGGUUUUUAGCCAAGAGGGAGAAGAAAAAGGAGAGAAAAGAAAAAGCAGCAAAUAGUGAAACGCAACCAAUGACUCAGAAACAAGAGGCAAAUGUGGAAUAUGCUAAUAUACCCACCCAAGAAAAUGAGUCUGUUGCCACAGCUACACCAAGCAGAGAAGCUAAUGCAGCCAAUGAAUACUCUACUGCUGCGGAAACUGCUGCCUCUGGAAUGCCUGAAAACGAUGAGAUGCAAGGAGUGGAGACACAAGCAAGAGCCUAA